AUGGGAAGGGAGAUGCCCCCAGUCCACAUGUUGACCAAGAACACACCAAUGCGUUUCCUAAACAACCCCGGCUCUAGCCACUGGCUACCUCAGACUGUCCCAAUGCUCUGCCACAAAACCUCAUGUCUCUGCUUCAGAUCAUUUAUAGCUACUGCAAAUUGCUGCAGUCGGCGGCUCGUGGCGUCAUCUAGUACACGGGUUGUAUGGAGCACUCCGUCCGUGGACCGAAAGGCGAUAUCUACGUCGCUUCUGACUUUUCGCAAUGAAGCUUCGAGACACUCGGCCAUCUUGGCACCCGCAGAUGCAAUCAUCUCAUCCAUUUUCGUGGAAAGAGAGACAGAGAGCUCUGAAAACAUGGUACCACUGUCAAUGUGGCGGCGCAGAAUGCUCCGUUGCCGCGCUGACUUGCCAGAUCCUGGAAAUUCCUUGUUAGCUAUUGUCUUUGCAUGUUGA